AUGACUUCAAACGUGGCACCCACUGUUGAUCUCUUCAAGAGCAUAUUUCCUGGGAAAGUCACCACUCCAGACAGCGCCGAGUAUGAAGCCGCGAAAACACACCCAUGGUCUCAAACAUGCUGGACACCGGCCGCUGCGUACAUCAAACCGAGCUCUGCGGAAGAAGUAGCACAGUCUCUUCAGACGAUCCAGCAACACAAAUGCAGAUUCGCCGUCCGAACCACCGGCCACAACCCCAAUCUUGGAUUCAGCAGCACCGAUGAGACUGGCAUUGUUCUUGACCUUUGCCUGCUCAAGUCUAAAGAAUUGAUCCAAGGGAAUGUCGCGCGAGUUGGACAAGGGAAUACCUGGGGCGAGGUGUACUCCUGGCUCGAGGAUCAUCAACUCUCAGCAGUUGGUGGCAGAGAUCAACAAGUUGGCCUGCCUGGCUUCCUUCUUGGAGGCGGCCUAGGAGCCUUCCCAAACCUUCAUGGAGUUGGAGCGGAUAACGUCAAGAACUUCGAGGUUGCCCUGGCGGAUGGCACAGUGGUGAACGCCAAUUCUGCUGAAAACACCGACUUGUACAAAGCCCUGAAGGGAGGCGGUUCAAACUUUGGCAUCAUCACAAGCGUCGAUCUCGAGACGCAGCCAUUGUUGAAGGUCCAAUACACCAUCAACAUUUACAACCCGGAAGACUAUACUGGCAUCAUCAACGCGACAAUUAAAGUCCAGAAUUCUAUGGAAUCAGACCCCAAGAUUGGACUGUUCACAAACUUCAAUCCUGGAUUCGUGGCUGUUGGACUUCUGUACGCCGAUCAACCAAACGAGGAGGUCAAAGCCUUUGAGCCCUUUUACAAGCUUGGUAGUCUUUUGUCAACUGCCGUUCCCCAAACCAACGGUACCUUGCUAUCACUCGCUCAGGCUAUGGGCCAUAAACAGGAGCCCAAAAAUCGAGCUAUUGGCACAGUCACCACCACAGUGUCAGAGAGUCUCUAUGUUGAAGUGUACAAUGCGUGGAUUGAGACCAUUCAAGACCUCCCGGCCAGUGCUGUUCUACACUACACUAUCCAGCCCGUAGGCAAGGCAUGCAUUCAAGCUGGCAAGGCUAAAGGAGGCAACGUGAUGGGACUGCAAGAGAUCCCGCAGUGCUGGUGGGUGUUUACCUGCGAAUGGCCCAAAGGCGAAUGCGAGGAUGCUGCGGCACAAAAGGCUAUGGCCUCGAUUGUUAAAAAGGUGCAGUCAAUGGCACAGGAGAAGGGUCUAUUUCUCGACUUCUUACUCCCAAACUUUGCGAGUUCCUCUCAAAAGGUAUUGCGCAGCUACGGUGAUGGAUCAGUGAAGUUGAUGAAGGAGCUUGCCGCAAAGUACGAUCCCGAGAGUGUCUUCCAGAACUUGCAGCAUGACGGUUUCUUGCUACGUAAUAGUGUAUAG